CGGAGGGCGUCCGGAGGGCGGCAAGUAGUAAAAUACGUGCCGCAUCAUGCGGGACGUAUUUUAUUAACACCUCUCUCUGUUCCUUCAUUAAUGUGAAUUAUAUCAAUUGUAAAUUGAACGUCAUAUAUUCUACUACUCUAGAAUCCCGUGAGAGUAUCCUUCAUUACUUGGAAGCUCAUAGCUUCCACAAGAGCUUAGAAAUGACAUACUCCAUUGGCCGGCGCCUUAAGGCUGGGUGGGAAUCCCUCGGUAUCGAUAUGAAGAUGUUGUGUCUGAUGUUCAAGUACUCUAUCCUAUCUUGCAGCUGUAUAUAUUAUACUAAGCACUCGACACUGACACCUAAACAGGGGUUCCGUGCCUGUUGCCAUUUCAUUAGGAAUUUAUCAGAGCACUGCCGUAUCCGAGGUCUACUCGUCUUUAGGAUUCUUGGUAGCCAUUAUUGCAGUCGUCACAGUCAAUCUUUUGCCGCGUGCGGAACUGAUCCAGAUGACACUUGGUAUAUGCACCUUCACUGCCAUUGCCAUCCCAGUAACCAUGCUGGCAACGUGGUCAGGACUACAAGCUCGCUUUCACACUGAUCCAGAGGGAUUACAUGCAUACAACUCAUCACAAAGUGCUAUAACGGCUGUUUGGCUUUUUUUCAACAUCAUGCUAUGCAACAGUUUACAAGCAAGAUAUCCAGCACUUUUGAUCCCAACAAUCUUAUACAACAUCUUCGUCAUUGUUCAAUUCACAUCCUGUUCGCGGUUUACCACCUGGAAACAAUGCUGGGACUUAAUAUACUUAACAGUAAAGUGCUAUUACUCUGGUGUCGCCAUCUCGUUCGUAUCAGGAAUGAUUAUAUAUCCUGUCACAUGUCGGUCGGAAAUUUUCGAAGUUCAAGAGAAGUAUAUUGAAGCCGUCCAAUGUAUGCUCCGAGAGUCUGCGCGAUAUCUAGGCAAUCUAAAAACGACGCCGACCUUUCCUACUUCCGAGGAUGGCCAAAUCCAAGAUGAAGUUGAAGCACAGCAAGAGGCAUGGGAUGGCGCUGAAAUCCAGCAAAAAAUGGUUGAAGUGAAGGCUCUGUACACUAAGAUGCGUCAUGAACUCGCUAUGGCGAAACGAGAGAUUGCCUGGGGAAAAUUACGAGCUAGAGAUAUUAAUGCCAUUACUGAUCUUUGUCGACACAUUUUGAUGCCUCUUGGCGGCAUAGCUAAUAUGCCAGAUAUCUUGAAGCGAAUUGGGGAUUGUGGAGGAUGGAUCCCCUGCGACUUCGAGUCUAGAACAAAAGAUGGCGUCGACAGAACUAUGCCACCCCAGGGUCAUAGCCAAGAGGCAUACGAGACAGUAUGGCAACAUUCCAUCGAUGCCCUGGUUGAGCCUGCUACCUCUUUAAUCGAAGCUAUGAACGACGGACUCGAGCAUGCUGCGCUACAACUUGAAAUCGUAUCCAGACCAGGGACUAAAAAUUUCCUCAAUUGGGUGCCGGGUGCUAAAAGGACUAAGUCAAUAGAUCGUGAAGCUGGCGAGGGGAAAAUUAAGCCGGGCGAUCCGAACUUCUCGAAGUUCCUGGAGGACAAACUAGACGAAUUCUCGACGGGAAGGGUCGAAUCCUUAGCAGCAUGGGCGGAGAGCAAAGGCCUGUCACCAGCUCAGUUGGAGACAAUGAAAAAUCUUGGUGAAUUCGAUGUGGACGAAGAUCCAGCUGAUGGUCAUGUGCGAAGAGAUCGCCAACAAUUAUACCUAAUCUUAUAUAUCCAACACAUGCUCUACACCGCCGGCAUAGCGGUGGUUGAAAUGUCAAAAUUUUCCGACAAGAUGAUUGCUGAAGGCAUCAUGGCAAAACGUCGUCUCAUUGUCCCUUCAUUUCGAAGAUUGGGGAAAUGGUUUUUAAGUGUUUGGGAUACGGCAGGUGCACCCUUGGCCGAUGAUGACAGACCGGAUUCCAAAGAAGAGAACAAAUUACUCUAUGGAACUUCGAACAGGACUACAAGCAAUAUCGAGCACCUUCCACCUAAAAAUGCAUAUGAAAGAUUUGGAACCCGCGUGAGAAGAUUUCAGGAAUUCCUUAAGGGGCCUGAAUUCAGUUUUGGUUUUAGAUCAGCAUGUGCUACUAUGUCUUGUGCCAUUAUUGCAUACCUUCAUCAGACCCAGUAUCUUUUCACGCACUAUCGUCUUAUUUGGGCAGUGAUUAUCGCAGCCAUUGGGGCCAAUAUGUCAGCGGGACAAUCUGGGGUAUCAUAUGUGCUCCGGAUUCUUGGUUCAUUUGCGGCAUUGAUAAUUUGCUACUUAGUUUGGUACAUCCCUGCUGGCAAAGUCCCUGGAGUCAUUGUCUUUAUGUGGUUCGCAUCCUUUAUCCAGAUGUACUUCCUCAUCAGAUGGCCCAAAUACAUCAUCGGAUGGCUUGUCAUUCUAAUCACUGAAGUUCUGUCUAUUGGCUACGAGCUUCAAGUUGCGAAAAUAGGCAUCCCAGCUGCAACGUCAACAGGGACAUUUUUUUUCCCACCAUACAGCGUCGCAGCGAUGCGUGUUGCCUGUGUGUUAUGGGGAACAUGCGCGUCCAUUUUCUUCACCUAUCUUCCAUACCCCAUCACAGCCAGAGGACUUCUUCGCAAGGACAUGGCAGUUAUUAUGCAUUUGCUCGCCAAUUACCAUGCCGUCGUUCAUGCUACGAUCAAGGCUAGACUACGCGGGAAUGAGGGCGAUAUGGACGAUAAACAUAGCCGUGGGCGGGUGUUGUCACAUACACGAAAUGCGAUGUUCAAUAAGAUGAUGAUUCUCAGUUCUUCCAUGAAGCAUAACGUCUACCUUCAAAAAUACGAGCCUAGUCUAGGCGGACGUUUCCCUGUGGCAAUUUUCGAAGAUAUCCUGUCACAGCUCACAGUACUUCUUGACUACAUAUCUCUCUUAUCCUACGCAACCCAAGUCUGGGCAGUCGACGGGCCUACUAAAGAUUAUUUCCACCACUCCUCCCGCAGCCGUCAAUGGUUAACGGAUCUCUCUAAGCUAAUUGGGCCGAUAAACCCAACUGAAGAGAGGAUAACCUCUAUACUCUCCCAACUGUCGGCUGCUGUGUCUACUGGUCGAGCACUACCAGCUAAAAUUGAACCUACUAAACCAUAUCAGCUUUCGCAGAAGCUGAGGGAGUUAGAUCCAGAGGUCUUGCAUAUUAAACAUAUACAAGAGUUGGGGUAUUCGGCAUACUCGGUUAUGGAGAUUAUAUCAAGUAUGAUUAUUUAUAACCUAGAUAUUCUAGUAACGAGCAUUGAAAGCUUGGUAGGUGUUGUUAGCUUUGAUUUUGACGAGAUGCAUGAGAAUAGUAAGGGAAAGAGGGAGUAGAAGUUAUUCAUUAGUAUAGUGCGAUGACCAUUACACAGCAAGCGUCC